AUGGCCAGGGAUGUCCCAGGUCGCGCAAGGCGUCUGCGCAUGGGAGCCCUGUCUGUGGUCGCAGCAGUGGUGGGGGUCUCGAGUGGUAGGCUGCUGCUCUCUUUCGUGCAGGCGGCCUGCUGGGGGCCGUCACGAAGCCUGCAAGUCCGAAGGGCCGCCGAGUCGACUCCUGGAGAGCCGUCGGAGCCAGAGGAAGAGGACACAACGAAUGUGGAGCUGUUCCGACAGUCCCUGAUUCAAGGGUGGGCCUCUGGUGGAUCCGUCGGUGGUGCUUCAGGCACCUCGGAUUGGGCCGAGCCGAUAGAGCCCGCCGAUGUCCGCCCAGGCGACAUCCUUCUCGGCGACCCUGCCAGUUUCUUCGGCGAGGGCGCUUCGAACGCUUUGCGGCGGGUGGGGCUCCAGGAGCGCAUCCCGGCAGACUACCCGCGGCGCGAGCGCUUGCGCUACCUGCCGGUUGUCCUCCUGACCGAAGUGGACAAGGAGAGCGACACCGCUCGUGGGGUCUGGCUGACGCUGCGAACUGGGAGGCUGCUAGGCGACCUCAUCGACGUUUUCCACAGCCGGCCGCUGCUCUAUGGCGGCCCCGCGUCCAGUGAAGGGGUGACAAUGGUGCACCCCUACCCUCAGGUCGAGGGCUCGAAGCCUCUGUCAGAUGGCGGUCUUUACCUCGGUGGCUCCCUCGCCGGGGCCCAGGCGUUCGUCGAAGACGGCACUGGUUCGUCAUUGCGGAUACGUUUCUUCCUCAACCGCAUCGAGUGGAACAAAGGAGAGUUCGCGGCGGACUUGGAUGGCGAUGGCCGCUCCUUCUUGCCUGUGCGCUGUUCUGUUGACGUCGUGCUGACAGAGACCGAUGCCGUGGAUGCGAAGCCGCUCUGGGCAAAGGUGGCCGAGCUGGCAGGAGGAGCUGUUGCAGAAGCAGGACGCCAGUACGAUCUUCUCUGA